GUAUUUAUUUGCGUAUCAUUACUCGAUAUCAUGGCUAAUCGCACAGUGAAAGAUGCACAUACAGUUCAUGGGACAAACCCUCAGUAUCUUUUGGAAAAAAUCGUUCGAAGUCGAAUUUAUGAGUCAAAAUUCUGGAAAGAGCAUUGCUUUGCUCUUACAGCUGAAUUACUUGUUGAUAAAGCUGUGGAACUUCGUUAUGUUGGUGGUGUGUAUAGUGGAAGUGUUAAACCAACCCCUUUUCUAUGUCUUACAUUAAAAAUGCUUCAAAUUCAGCCGGACAAAGAUAUUGUUAUCGAAUUUAUCAAACAGGAACCAUACAAAUACGCUCGUGCUUUAGGAGCAUUUUAUCUUAGACUAGUUGGUGAUUCUGUUGAGAUAUACAAAUAUCUUGAAACGUUAUAUAACGAUUUUCGACGUCUCAAGUUUCAAGAUAAAAUGGGAAAUUUCAGUUUAAUAUACAUGGAUGACUUUAUUGAUCAACUUCUUACUGAAGAACGUGUCUGUGAUGUUAUUUUACCUCGUUUGCAAAAGCGUGAAGUUCUUGAGGAGCUAAAUGGUUUAGAACCACGGCAAUCACUUCUGAAUGAGGAUUUAGAAGAUUUACAAUAUGUUGAGGAGCUGGAUACCUUGAAUCAUGUUGAAGAGAGUUAUAAGUCUAAGGAUAAAGAAAAACAUAGGAGACGAGAUUAUGGAAAAGACCACCAUCAUCGACGUAGACAUCGUGAAGAGUCUCCUCAUGCUGAACGCAGAGAAAGAGAUAGAGAUCAUAUAUCAUCAAGACAUAAAGAUCGUGAAGAGAAUGAACGCAAACAUGAUCGUGAGAGAGCUCAUAGACGUAGUCAUUCUGGAGAUCGUCGAAAUGGUCGAUCCAAACGUGAUGAUAGUCGUUCACCAGAUCAUAAACGUACCCGAGAUAAAGAUCGUGACAGACGACAUUAAAUGUUUAAUAGACACUGAUAUAUUGUAUAUACUAUGUUAAUAAAUACUUUUUGUAUAAUCAUGAAUUAGUUCAUUGUGACAGAUGUUUGAAGGGAUAUGGCAACAAAAAUAUAUCACGUUAUUGUUAGUACUUAUUAAUAUGUAGUGACAACAGCUUCCAGGCAAUUGGUAUAAAAAACUGCUAUUUCGGUUAUCAGUUGGUUAAAAUUUGGAAACAGU